AUGGUUAUAAGAGAAAAACACAGUUUUCCUUCACUGUUAUUAAUAUGUCUAUUUAUCUAUACAAUUCAACCAUUAAUUGUUCAUGCACAACAGUCGUAUGGAAGUGACGCUCCAAACUCAUUACCAAAUGUGCCAGAAAAGUGGACAUGUAAUGGAACAGAUCUGGAUAUUCGAACUUAUGAUGGAACUUGUAAUAAUCUUGAAAAUUCAAAUUGGGGAACUCAAAAUAGGGUUUAUGAUCGAGGAAAUUUUACUGCAUUUUACAAAGAUAACUUUACCGGUGAGCCCGCAAUAAAGAUAGAUGCUAGAAUGAUUUCAAACAUGUUAUGCGAUAGUGGUCAAGAACCUGUAUUUUCUGGAAGCCCUUUGACCGAUGAUAUUUUGUCCUCAACUCGGAAAUCAGUCUUCGAAAUCUUUUUUGGUCAAUUCAUUAAUCACGAUCUUGAAGAUGCUGCUCUUCAAAACACGCCAAAAACUGCGAUAGGUAAUAUUACUGAUGAUAAGGUCUUUAAUAAUACAGCAAGAAGCUUAUUUAACCCUUCCCAAGCACCAUUCAUGACAUUAUCGCUCUCAUGGGGUCGUGUAUUGAAUUCUACUUUGUAUCCGGUCAAUUUUGCCAAUUCUUACCUUGAUCUAUCGGUAAUAUAUGGCAAAGAUAAUGAUACAGCGCGAAAACUUCGAACUCUUAAAGAUGGCAAAUUAAUUACUGAAGAUUUCAUAGGAAAUGGCGGUGCUUAUAACACUGAGUUAAAUAACGUAUCUAUAAAAAAUUUCGCACCAGCUUCUGGUAAAGUAGGUCUUUUCCCUCAUCUUUUGCCUCCAGAAAUUAAAACAGAUGAUGGGCUUGUUAGUGGUGACUUGCGUUGUUCAGAAAAUAUUCAAUUGUGCACUAUUCAUACACUUUGGAUUCGUGAACAUAAUUAUUGGGCGGAAACAAUAGCACGUGAAAAGCCUGAAUUGAAAGAUGAUGAGGCAAUUUUUCAAUAUGCUAGAAAAAUAGUAAUUGGAGAAUAUCAACAUGUAAUUUUUGAAGAAUUUUUACCUGCAGCGCUUGGUUUUAAAAUGCCACCGUACUCGGGUUAUGACCCAACACGAUAUGCUGACACGUCAACUCAUUUUGCUGGUGUUGCAUUCAGAUAUGGUCAUUCAAAUAUUCGACCAUAUGACCUCAUCGACGGAUGUACUGGUGAACCUUUUGAUCCUCAUCCUAAUUUUAAAUUCCCUGAUUCUCAUUUACAUCGGCUUUAUUUCAUGGGUAAAUCUGUCAGGAUUCCAACACCAACUCCAGGUUUAAACUAUACUGAUGGAUUACUUGAUUAUACUCCUGUUAGAAUAUUAACUUUAGCUUCAGGAUCAAGUGGAAGUGGUGUUGAUAAUUUAAUCGUUAGUAUGUUGAGAGGAACAGCUGCAGAGUUCGGUUUAACAUUUUCAAGUUCAUUACGAAACAUGCCUGGUGUAAAUGAUUUGGCAGCCAUUGAUAUUGCUCGAGGUCGUUUACUCGGUCUUCCGGAUUAUGACACAUUCCGUGCUGUAUAUCAUCCCGCGGGAAGCGUUUACAACAAUCAAAGUUGUAUUCGAUCAGACGCACAAGAUUCUGUGAACUGCUUUAAUGUCAUUACUAAUAACAUGACAAUUGCGACAAAAUUACAAAAAAUCUAUGGUAAAGUCAAUAAGAUAGAUGCAAUCAUUGGAAUGUUUGCUGAGAGUAAAGGCCAAACCACUCCUUUACCACCAACGAUUACCGCAAUAAUAAAAGAAGAAUUUCUUCGAAAAAGAAGCACUGAUAGAUUUUGGUAUGAAGGAUCAAAAUAUACAAAUGAUGAAAUUGAAUUAAUUAAACAAGCUACCAUGAGAGAUAUUAUUAUGAGGAAUACUGAAGUUCAAGAUAUACAAGUUAAUCCAUUUAAAUCACCAGGUUCUAGAGAUGAUUUGGCAAGCAUCAAGGAUUGUGAAUCGGAAUAA